UCUACCAGCCCUCAGCAGCAGAGUCAAGAUUUCAGCAGAGAGAUAAACAAAUCCAUAGCAAAGCUGAAGAAGAACAAUGAAGAUUUUUUUACUUUUACUCUCCGUGAUAGGCAGAAGUAGUCAGCUAGUGUUAAACGACUGUGGAUCAGAAGCAAGACGGCCGCAGGUUAGCGACAUCGCAGUGCAGUGCGGCACUUCAUCCAUUGGUUUGGCAAUUCAAAUCUGCCCCGUCAUCUACACUGGCUACAAUGAGACUCUGCUGAUCCUGAACCACAUGUUGGAACCGACCUGUAGAGCAACCCUUGAUGAGUCUGUGAAUCCACCUGUUGCCCGCUUUAACUUCCCACUAAAUAUGACCCAUGCCUGUGGAAGCAUAUUCAGGACCACCAGUGCUGCUGGGACCGGUAUCUUCUCUGACUUCUCCAACAUCCAGACGGUCAACAUCAGUGGUGUUGUUAGGUCUAUCGAUCCGACAACAGGCACGAUCACUUACAACGCUGAGCUAAAGUACUACUACUCCUGUGCCUAUCCCCUAGAGUAUCUGAUCAACAACACCCAGGUCGAUGUGUCUGCUUCAUCCAUUGCAAUCAAGGACAACAAUGGUAGUUUCAUCAGCACCUUGAGCAUGGAGCUGUUCGCUGACUCCAACUACACCCGACCGCUGGUCAUGCCACAGCUUGGGAUUGAACUGAGGACCAGCGUGUACGUUGAGGUCAAGGCCACCAACUUGACAGGGCAGUACCACGUCCUGCUGGACCGGUGCUACGCCUCCAUCUCCCCACUGCCCUCUAACUCCAGCUUCUUCAACCUGUUCGUCCCCUGCUCAAAGGAUCAGUUCACCACCAUGAUUGAGAACGGAGACAGCCAGAGCGCCCGCUUCUACUUCCCCGCCUUCCGCUUCAUCGAGCAGCAGAACGAGACCGUGUCCACCUACUACCUCCACUGCAUCACCCGGCUGUGUGAGAAAAGCACCUGCAGCACAUUCAAGCAGUGCAACAACAGAAGGAAGAGGAGCCCCCUGGACACAUCUGCUGAUGGUAUAGCCCAAACCUACACCAUCAGCUCUUCGGAGAUCGUCACCAAAACCGACACCAACGAAUCCAAAGAGAAGCCCCUUACUGCCGGAGAAGACAACGACUCUGCUGUCGGGCUCGGUGUGGCUGUUGGCAUCCUUGCCUUUGUUUCCCUUGUUGCCCUUUGUGUUGCAGCUGUGUUUUACAAAAGGCUUAGGAACUAAGGAGGCAUCCAUGCACUUAAAUGCAGAGUACUGGCCUCAGACCUACGGGUCACACACUUAUUGAGGUGUACUGUAUCUGUGCGCUUGUUUUACUUCUCUGGUGGAGGACAGCCGAUCAUUGCAUCUGUUGGGAGAUCUUUGUGUGUCCGUUACUGUAGCUCUAACUGUGUAUCAGUCCUGGAAACAUAGAUGGGAGAGCAGAGCAUCUUUAGAGGAUUCAGUAGAUUUUGUUAGUGUUAAAAAUGACCUAUUUCCCAAAUGGAAAGAAAAGCUAUAAGUGUUAAUGCAUGUCCGCACUUUGUAAGCUUUGACAAAAAAAAAAAAAUAAUAACAAUAAUAAUAGAGAAAGAAAAUGGUAAC